GAUCGCCAUCUUGGACGGAAGAACUCAAAUCUGCCUUUGAUUUUAGCCUUCUUUUCUGUCACAGAUCAUGUCAGACAGCGACGAUUCUCAAUAUUCUGAUGAGGUAACGGUCUAUCUAUUCAACAGUUUUCUGUUUUGAUUUAUCUCUUUGCGAGUGCUUGGCAAUUUGAAAUAGUAUUUAACAGCUGUGUUUUGCUCGCCGGCGCUUGCAAACCAAUUAUUAUCAUUUAUGUUUUGUUUUAUAGCCUUGUUUUACUAACAGUUUGAACUUGCUGCAACGCAUGGCACGUUUAAUGCACAGUUUAAGGUCAAUUUUGAGAAAUGAAAUAUUCUCGGUGGUCCGCAAUAGUCAGUCGUUUAAUUUAACUUCGACCCAGAUAGCCGCUAUAUCCUCUUUAUUUUCAAAGCCACUCAACUCGAGCGACUGGAGAAGAUUGUGACACCAUCUCAGUAUGUAAAAAGUUAAAAUUGAAAAGCUCUCAUCUUCAUAGUGAAAGCUUCAGGACAAAUUGAGGUAAAUCUGUUGAAAAGAACGAGUGGUCAGUGUGGCAGACUCUUAAUCUGGCAGUCUUAGGUUUGAGUCCCAUCUGGCUGCUUGCUGGAUUUGUUCAACACCCCACCCACACUUUUAAAUAGCCAACUGGUUAUCUCCUGCCAGGUGGGGUUUUUAAUCCUGUUACCUUCUGUUUGCAUUAUUUGUUUCAAAUUAUUUGAGUGGUGUGCCUGUAAACUAGCUGGGUUAGCUAGCUACAUGCCACUUGAGAUCAUUUUCAGGGCAAAAGACGUACUUCUAGCUUGGUUAUUUGAGACCCAAAGUCUUGGUUUUAUCCCAGUAAGAAUCAACGACAACUUGAACCUUUGACCUCCUGGUGCCAGUUGUUGAAAAGGUGGACAGCACUAUCCACUGGUUAAAUCACUAUCUACUGGCUAGUGCAAUUUUCUUGGUUUCCCUAAUACUUAUCCAAUGGAUAGCGCCAUCCAUCUUUUGAACAACUGGGGCCAGCCCUGCAAACCAGUCCUCCUUCAUAUUUAAUCAUCCUGCUGCAGUUGGUAGGUGUUGGUUGAUGUUUCUUUUUCCCACUCUAGCCUAGGAUAUUCAGGGUUUGCAAAUUUUAUUGAUGAGUGGAGUCAGUGUGACUUCUGCUUCACAAAUUUUGGAGUCAUUUAAGAAUAUUUGGAGUCAAGUAUCACAACCAAAAAAAGCCAUUUUCAGACUUUCCAGCAUGUGGUCCUGGCGUGUAUACACUAUCAUGAGGGGUACAUGAAGUAGCUGUGGCGGUCCACUGACCUGGAAAGCUCAAAUCCAUGAUGGCAGUCAUCGAGUAACUUUGAUUUUUAAUUUACCCUUGUCCUGUUUUGUCGUGCAGUAUAAUUCUUUAAUUUCGAUGAUUACAACGUUUACAAUUAACGUAAAUUGUAUUUCUUGCGAAAAAGGUAAGGACAAAACUGUGUUUGUUACCGAAAAUUUCUGGAGUCGAAGUGACUCCCUUCGUAACUUCAGUGGAGUCAUCUGAACAAUUCUGGUGUAAAAUACGCCAAAUUUGGCGUAUUUGCGAACCCUGAUAUUAUCACAGAUGAUUUUAUAGUGAUAGAUUCAAGUUGUACAGGCCCGCAUUUAAGAUGAACCCUAUCUAUAGAUCGUUUUCACUGUCACGCAACAAAACAAUAAAUUGGAAACCGUUCAGUGAAAGAAGCCAAGAAAAUGAUAUGUUAUAAAAGACUAAUUUUUAAACAAUUUGUCCAAGUCUCAGGUCUUUUUGGCCCACCGUUUCUGAGUUAUUUGCUGAAACGUUUCACGCAUCUUUGUAGAGCUUUGUAUGGAGACGCCAUAUUGGUGCACAGUUUUGGUGCACCAAUAUGGCCACCGAAAAUCAACAAAAACAUCUGGAGUUCACUUUUUCUAUAAAAGCUCCUUCUUUUCACUCGAGAACUAGCCUACGUGCACAUAAACAUAUCUUCUAAUGCUUGAAAUGGUUAUACUGCUGAAAAUCAAGAGGAGAGACUUUUUUUUCAACGAGACAGCAUUCCUUUUUUGGUGUCACACACUCUGAAAACUCGGAAGUUCAAAUUGCUGUAUUUUCGAAAUGAAACAUGCUACGGGACUGAAAACUUGUACAAAGAUUAACUUUUUGUUUAUCUUCAACCUAGUGUAAAUAAGAAUUCGUAAGACCUUGCUAUUUUGACUUUACAAUUUGAUGACGUCACUGUGAAAGCCAUCUAUUAGCACUGAACUUUAAUGGCAGUACUAUAUGUGUAACUUUUUCUUUGGAUUUUAUUACAUGUAGAUCCAUCCCCUUUUAGUUAAGGUCAUAGUGUUACCAGGAUACAAAUUUCAGUUACAUAAAGAAAUGUUUUUUUGCUAAAAUAAGUUUAGUUAAUACUGUAUAUGUUACAGGUCAAAAUUAAAUUCAGGUUAUUUUUUUUUAAACCUAGGUUGAUUCUCCGUUUCCUUUGUCUCCUAGCCCUGAUUAUUCAUGAAUUAAGGCUAGGAAAAUUGAGAAAAUAGAGAAUCAACCUAGGUUAAAAAUUUUUAACCUGAAUUAAAUUUUGACUUGUAACAUAUACACAUCACAACAUUUACAUAUUUAGGAAGGUGAGGAUAUCACCAGAGAAGAAGAUGAUGAGGAUGAAGAGGAUGAAGAAGAUGACGAUGACUAUGAUGAGGAUAAUGAUUUUGAGGAUGACAGGCAAAGAAAGAAGAGAAGGCGGCAUACUGGUUUUAUCUUAGAGGAAGCAGGUCUGUGUUCUGUGAUCCUCAUGCUACGCUUCGUGAACACUGCCCAGUUAGCUUAAUUGGAUGAUGGCUGGUCUACUGAGUGGGAGGUCAUAGGUUCAAACCCCAGCUGGAGGGACACUCAGGGUCUUUAAUGAGGCAGGAGAUUAUAGCGUAUGCUGCCUUUUUUAAACAUCUGCAAAGUGUUAGACCUUGUUUUUCAGUUUUAGUCCUUUUGGAUAAGGACAGAAACCUGUAGGUCAAGUCCAACUCCAUGGAUGUCAAUAAGAGCCAGCUACCAGCCAAUUUCACCAGUUGAGAAAGACCCUCCUACUGGCUCAAAUUGUUGUAGGAAACAAAGUUAUGGGGUAAUUUGGAAGGUGCAAUUAAUUGAAAAAGCUGGCUUGACUAAUAAAAAAGCCUGCUUACAGUAGCUUUUCCUGAGCUACAUCCCUGCCAGUCUCAAAGCUCUUUUACUGUUUUGAUUCUUUUGGGAUGUCAGAGACACCACACUGCUGUUGGUAAAGAGUAGGAGGAGAUGUAGAUCACAAUAGUGUGGUCAAUCUCACUGGAUUUUGUGUGUCUACAUGUGUUUGUAUUGCUGUAGCUGGUCCACGAUCAGCUUUUAAGCUGCUUUACAUUACAUAAUCUGCUUUGUGAAGAAAAAUUAUGAUGAUCCCUUGUCCAGUGCAGUUAGAGGAUUAUCAAUGAUUUUCUUCUAAUGUUCGUUUUUUUUUGUUUGAAGAUGUUGAUGAUGAUUAUGAAGAUGCUGAUGAUCAAGAGGAAGACGGAUAUGGAGAUAUAUAUGGUUCAGGUGUAGUAAAGACAGAUACAGUUGACUCCUGAUAACUCCAACCUUCAAGGGAAACUGAAAAAAGUUCCAGCUAUUGGGAGUUCAAGUUAUCAGGAGUUUGAAGCAAAUAACCGGAAGUAGGGAAAUAAGCAAAUGGAUGGGGAGGGAAUGCAAUUAAGCAACAAAGUGUACAGGGAUAGACACUGAAUUUGAACUGGAGUGACAAAAUAGUGAAGACGAAGAAUUGACUCACUUGUUUUGAAAUAAAUUCAAUGUUUCGGACUUCAGUACAUGGCUUUUUUCCCGACUUGUCAUGCACUUUUAACAUGGUUCAAGUUAUCGAGGGUAACAUUGUAUAGAAAUGAUCUGAAGGGAAACAAAAAUUACUUCAAGUUAGCGGGAGGCUCGAGUUAUUGAGGAUUCAAGUUACUGAGGGUAAAAUUACAGUAAAUGUAAGAAGGAAAUCCAGGGGAAACCGACUUUGGUUCGAGUUUGCGAGGUUUCGAGUUAUCGGGAGUCAACUGCAUGCUAAAUAGGAAUUCUGACCUAUUGGACUAGCCAACUUGUAAAACCCUAUUCCUCAUAUUACAGCUGAAUUUGAUUAUAGUACAACUGUAUCAGAGACAGAUUAUCUGUCUGUUUGUUUAAUAAUUUAUGUUACAGUUCAAGUUUGAUUGUGAACAGGUUAAUUUUGAUUUAACCUACCCAGUAGGUUGAUUAUCAAUUCUCUUUCUCUCCAAUCCCUAGCGGACAAAGGAAAUUACAUGUAAGAGUCUACCUAGGUUAAAAAAUUUUAACCUGAAAUCAAAUUUGACCUGUAAGAUUUAUAUGGGUGAUGAUUUUAGUUUCCAAGAAAGGGACUAUAGUGUAGGUGGAAAAAAGGAUCAAAAUGAAAGUGUGGUGCGUGAAGCCCCUUCUUGGAAUAUGUCAAGGGAAAUGGAAAUACUACGUACAUAAAAAAAUUGGAAAUGUUGUAGAUGCUCAGUAAGAUUGUAAGCAUUCAACAAUUUAAAUUUUAAGAAGUUGCACGUUAAAUUGAAGCAUUUAUGAAAUGUUUAGUUUGCCAUCUACCAAAUCUCCAUGUCAUUUUCUUGUUUGUAGUGGACAAAGAUGAUGAACCAAUUGGGGAUGACAUAUCGGUAAGAAAAAUGCUUUAUUUGUAUCAUUGAGUGUGUCACUGCUGUAGACAAGACAUGUAUACAUUAUUUUGUAGAGUUCAUGUUUGAAUAUUGGUUAAUAAUAAAACUCCAUCUCCUAAGUGUGUUGUUUUUUACUUGGUUUGUUUUUUUCCAGUCAAUUAAGUUCAAUAUGGUUACAUGUAAUUGACAGUCAUCAGUGGCGCUUUUCUUUUAGGCAAAAUUUCCUGUUCGACCAGUUUAAACGCAAAUGGAAUGUUUGGUUCAACUGGAAACUUUCCUGAACAGCGCUGUUUUUCUUUUCAUUUCUUAUUGAAUCAUUCAAAAUGGCAUCAGCAUCUGUAGACUCAAACUAGUUUUGAACUCUGUUAAAAAAACUGCGCAUAUUGCCAUGAAGGCAAAAUUAAUUUCGCUUUUGGAUGAAGUUUCAAUUUCUUUGUUGAAGUUGUCGCAAAGUAUCGGCAGUGCGAUAACAUACAUCUUGUUGGAUUUUUGGUUCAAGAGAGCAAUGAGAUUGCAAAUGAGACCCUAUGACUGGAUAGCCUGCGAAUGGCAGAUGUUUCUCCUCGCUCAUCGCCGCUGAGGGAAGUUUCGCGAGGAGGAACAUCUGCGACUCAGAGACAGAAAUUCCAUACUGAUGACAUAAAUCAAUGUUUACAUAAUAAAUCCGGUAGUCAUGGGGUUUCAAGUGCAAAUUUGUUCAAUUUUACGUUUCUCCUGGUCGAUUUUGGUAAAGUGUUGUGUUCAUCUGCGAAUGAGCUCCAGCAAAACUCAAAUGCUUCUUCUAGAGAAGACUAUAUUCCACAAAUAUUGGCUGUUUUGUUAGAGAUUCAUCGCAUUUACAUUUGACCUUUGCUGCCUUUUGUCUUUUGUCUGUCAUUCGUAAACAAUAGCCAAAACAAUGAAACUACUCCGUCGACCAAUUAGCGCUUCUGACCGGAUUCUGGACAGAUUUUGCGUCAUCAGUAUGGAAUUUCUCUCGCUGAGUUGCAGACGUUCCUACUCGUAAAACGCCCCUCAGCGGCGAUGAGCGAGGAGAAACGUCUGCCGUUCGCAGGCUAAUGACUGGAAAGUCUUUCCAUUUGACUCUGAAUGUUUCUGAAAUUUUGCCUUAAUGGAAAGCACCCCAGGAGUCAAUGACUGAAAUGACUUUUUUUGCAUGUUAUUUUUUGUAGGGUAAUAGACGCUAUCAGCAGAUGAUUGGGUAUGUACUGCUCAUUGGAAACCUGAUUGUUUUUGUACUCUUUAAAAAAUGAGUAGGAGUGACAUAUUAUCAGGUUUAAAAACUCUCGGCUUUGCCUUGAGUUUUUCACCUGAUAAUACAAGGUUGCGAGUAUUUUGAACAGCUUAAAAAUCUCUGAUACAGAUCAACUCAUUCAUGCACUAAUAUUUAGAUUUGGGGUUAUUUUUGUCUAAAAAAUUGGAUGUUAAGUUUAGCCAUGUCUUUAUAAGAUAUAAAGACACUCAUUACAGUCAAACCAGGUCAAGCGUAGCCCCCAAUAAUCCAUUAAUAAAUUUAUUAUUCGAAAGUUGACUCCGUCGGUAGUUGUAGAUUUCAGAUUGAUCUCUAUAUUCUUGCAUGUGUAAUGAGCCCUGAAUUCACACGCGAGGCAUUUAUGAAGUUUCUACUAGCUCCGUUUUCCUGAAUUCGAUGUAAAUGUCUUCUAAGAAACUUAAUCCAUUCAAAGAUUUUCAACCUGACCAAAUACAGAGAAGUUCUCGUAAAAUAUUCACUGCUCAUUACGCAUGCAGAAAUGCCGCUUUGAAUUUGACACCAGUUACGGGAACGACUAACGGAUUCAUUUUUCAAAUAAUCAGUUUAUUAAUAGACUCUUGAGGGGUACGCUUGACCUGCCUUGACUGUAAACAUUAAUUUCUUUUGUUUUUUCCUUUUGAAUAUUUUGAAAUUUCUUUAUGUCCUAUGAAAAACAACUGUACACUUUGAAUUGCCAAGACCAUUUAUAUUACACUCUCCAAAUUAUGUUGAUGGACUUGCCAUAAUGUGUCUUAAUUCAAGUAGCAUUUACAAUGUUAACAAACAUGAAUGAUACUAAAAAAUAUGUUGUUUAUAGAGAUAAAAAUGCUGAGGAACUGGAGGCUUACUACAAGCAAAAGUUUGCAGAGUCUUCAGAGAGGUUAGUGGAUUAAGCUUAUUCCCUUUGUUGUCAUGUGGCAAACAUCCAGAAAUUUUACUAUACUGGGCAAUGAUCACUUCUGAAAUGUCAGGACUGCCUGCCAAAGAAAGGCUGAUCAGUAUAGUAAAAUAAGUUAAGGUGCAGUGUACACUAACAGUUGUAUUACUGUAAGUAAACAUCAAGAAAUGAUACAAUGUAUUUGCUGCUGAAAGAGUUAACUCUAUCUACCGGUAAUCAAUGCACUACAGUGGUACAUGAACAUGCCUUGAGUGUCCAUAGAUACUGGUGAACUUUCAGGAAAAUACAUGUACUAUCAAACACUGAAAGAAGGCCAGGGACUUUUGUGUUGUGAUUUUCUUUUAAGCAAGUAUAGUCAAACCCUGCCAAAUCAAACACCUCAUUAUUACCAACAGUUUGCUUUGUCCCUGGCGAAAGAAAGCCCUCACAGUUUCUCUAAAUUCAAACCACUUAUUAUGGACACCCUAUUAAUACCGACACUCUAUGCCCUCCUCCGUGUGGUUAUUAAAGGUAUUUGACAGUAUUGUAUCUGAAUUGUGCCGUGAGUAGUUUGGGUAAAUGGGUGCAGGGAUGAUACAUGGACUGUAGUGGGAACAAAGUGCUCCCUUAUUUGCUGCCACCUUUUCCCACCUCUCUGAUCAUCUGUAAUUCAGUCACACACUCGCUUAGAUACAUCUGUAGAGGACAAAUAAUGUUACCACUUAUUUUAACAUUUAUCAUUAUUUUCUUGAUUCUUUGGCUGACUUUAUGACACUGUUAUUACUUCAUUGAACAGGUAUAGAGAUGACUAUGAACUUCGACCAGAGAUUCAGCAGCAGAGUCUUUUACCUGGUGUCAAGUAAGCAAUUUUAUUUUUGUUGUUUUUACUUCUUUGUAUCAGCACUCGUCCAAUUGAGUAUUAUUGAGUUAUGAAAUAUUUUAGUAUUGUCAAGCUCCUUUAGAUAUAUAUUUUUUACAUGUAGUACAUGUAAGCUCCUCAUUUCAACAACAGUGUCAAUGUCCUCACAUCUUAAUGUAAUAUCUACAUGCAUGCUGUGGCACUUGGCUGUACCUGCAUCUUUUUUAUCUCCACAGAGAUCCAAACCUAUGGACAGUGAAAUGCAAGGUAAAAACUAAAGAUACAUUACAUACAUAAUCAUUAGUAAAGAAUUAAAGAUUUGGAAUACAGUUGAACCUCUCCACAACAGCCGCCUUAGGGACAGAAGGAAGUGGCCGUUUUGGAAAGGUGGCCGUUAUGGGGAGGUAUUGGGGUAAUAUAACAAUUCUUUUAGGGAGUACAACAUGUUUAUUGUGCUAAGUUCAUGCUUACUUUAUCUCAUAGCAGUAAUCUAAUCAUAUAUAAUAAUUCAUUAUAUAGAGAUAAAAAAACGCAAAAAAAAACUUGAAUAAUGUUUGAAAUCAAAAUGUUUAUGUGACAAAUCGAGCAAGUUUCACAACAUUUUCCAUAAGUAUGGCAGACGAUUUAUGCUUACAGCAGAUGUAUAGAUGAAACACAAUCAAAACAUGAAUGCCAUGAUUAAUCAUCAAUAUGCUACAUGGAUCAAAUUUCAUGACCAUUCUUGAUUUUUUCAUCGGUCACUGAAAAAACUUGCCUUUGUCAAAAGGUUAUUUUGGCAGAUGGAGACAUGCUAAUAAUAUUGAUGACCAUUCCCGUUGUAGAGAGGUUUUAACAAGAGUCAAUGAAUGGAUUGUCCUCAGGGACAAAAUAAGGUGGCCGUUGUGGAGAGGCCGCUGUUAGUGGAGGUUUAACUGUAAUCACUUUUGAAAUCACAUUUUCCUGUUCUGUACAUUUUCCUAUUAAUGUGUAGAUUGGAGAGGAAAAGGCUACGGUGAUUGGUCUGAUGAGGAAAGCUAUUGCCCAGCAGUUUACUGAUGAAGUAAGUACAUGACUUUGUAUAUGUAUUAUCAUCACAUUACACAUGUUGUAUGACUGGAUAAGUGAAGUCAGAUUUGGUCUUCUGAACCUAUCCAAGAGAAAAAAAUAAAAUAAUAAAGCAAUGCAGAAGAAUGAAAGGAUGAAUUCAAGAGGUCACAAUGUGCAUCUAUAGUUAGACUUGUUGGUUAGUCUAGUUGUAGUAUACUUUAAGCCACUUCUCCAGUCAUUCUACCCAAACUCGUUGGUUCACUGGGAAUGCAGUAUACUAAAUACUUUGCAGUUGCACAGAUUCAAAAGUUUACAAAAUUUAAUCUUUCAAGUUGGUUCAUGUUGCCUUUUAAAAUCGUCUAAUGAUGCACAUGUUCUCUUUGCUUUCUUAAUAUAUCAUAAUCAUUAUCAUAAAUAAUAAGGCCAAGGCCAAAUGUCAAACUUUUCAUGAGAUAGACCAAAUUGUAAUCUUGGUUGACCUAAAUUUAGGUAAGUUCGUCUGUUAGGUUAGAGGUCAAACUUCAUGAAGUGUCAUUCACCUGAAACAGACAGAUAAAAUGUGUUGGUUGAUCCAAACCCAUUGACGUGAACUUAACUGAGACAGACGUCAAUCUUUUCAUAAACUUACUCCACCCAGUUUAAUUCAUCUCAUGAAAAGUUUGAUGUUUAGCCGUGGCCUUUUAUUUAUUUAUAUUAUUGUUUUCAGCCUUUACAGAUCAAGUCCGCUGUGGCUGUAGAAGGCCUCAAAGGAUACAUCUACAUUGAAGCAUACAAACAAACUCAUGUCAAACAGGUGCCGACAGCAUGAUAACAAUGUUAUUUCACUGUAGUUUAGUGUCUUUGUGUACAUGUACCAUGCAAAAAACAAACAGAUGGAUCGUUGAUUUUUUAAAUCAAUUUCAGUUAUGACAUUUUCAAGCGGUUAUGUAAACACCUUUGUUUCUUGAAACUUGUUUGUGAUGAUUAUGCAGUGGUAAAUUUAUUGAAUUAGUAUUGCUUAUUGUUUAUACAUAUUAUCCUAACUGGAAAGUGCAAUUUAUGUCACUGUCGCUGAGACAGAAUCACUUACUUUCUGAAAUUGCAAGAAAUUCUUGUAGUUUUGAGCAUGUUUAAGCAUGCUAAUCCUCUUUUCUUAUAAAACUUACCUAAUUUUAACAUUAAUAAAAUCCUGAAGGAAGUUUCAGAUAUUCCUCCAUUUUCAUUUGCAUUUGGUCACACCAACUUGCAGCCGUUGGGGUUUGUCAAUGCUGUUGUUUCAAGAUUAGAUCUAAAAGGUCAUUGUUUUAUUAGUAUUCUUAAGUAAGCUGUCACAACUUAGGAAUUCUGAAAUAUAGUUGUGCCAGCACUUUUUAUGUGUAUGCCGUGAGAUUUACUCAUAUACUGUAUGGCCCCAAUUUUUUGUGUUUCAAUAGGCCAUUGAAGGUUUUGGUACUUUGCGACUUGGAAAAUGGUCACAGAUGAUGGUGCCAAUCAGAGAAAUGACAGAUGUUAUGAAAGUUGUAAAAGAGGUGGUGUCUGUUAAGCCUAGACAGUGGGUCAGGUUAAAACGAGGGAUUUACAAGGAUGACCUUGCACAGGUAAUGCCAUGUUUGUCACCAUUUCAGGGAUCAAAAAACGUUCUGUGUGGUAGUCCAGGAUAAAUAGAUUUUCUUGCUGGGCAAGUAUUCUUUCAAAGCUUUUGAGGCUUUCAUGCCCCAUGGGCAAGGGCUCAGGCAAGUCAUCCUCUAACAAAACCAUCAACUAAGAAGAGCACGAACUUGUCCUGGGCAAGCAAAAUGAGAGAGCUACUUGCCCAAAGGACAAGCUGGAAUUCAAGUUUUUUCUACCCUUGCACUAAGUAAAUGUACACUUAAGGUUAGUUACGUAACUGUAUUGGUGCUAUAGAUAAUCUUGUCAGAAUAGGAAAGUCCUCAUAUUACUAAAAGGCAUGUAGUUCCAGCUGGUUCCUCUGUUAUAAAAUAGUAUUGUUAAUGAUUUUCUCAGCUUAGCUUACAGUUUUCUCUGUUACAAUUCUCCACAGGUGGAUUUUGUCAACACUGCAAGAAAUCAAGUGAGCCAGAGAAAUAUUUAUAUUCCUGCAGAAAUGUCAUUACUUUGUGAACAGAAGUUUUUGGUUGACCUCACUUUCCAACACAUCUCUCCUAAAGAUAUACUGUAUUGUUUCUGAAGUUAUGAAUAUAUGAAAAUCAUAUAUGAGAACUGUAGGGUGAAGAAUUCUAUGAAAGAAGAUAAUUGUACUGUUUCUUUUUAUCAAGUUUUUAAUCCUGUAAUGUUGCUUGAAGAAAAACAAAAAUUUCUGCAAACAUUUCUUACAGUUUUGGACAACUCAUUUUACUAAUAAUAUAAUGUUAUAUGAAAAAAUGUUUCAUACAUGCACGUACAUAUACUGUUACAGGUUGAAAUUACCGUAAAAUUCCGAAAAUAAGGCCAGGGCUUAUAUUUUUCAAAGGCCCUUUUUGAGGGGCCUAUUUUUGGAGGGCUUAUAUAUGGAGGGGAGUUUGCAUUCCAAAAUUAGCUAGGCUUGUACUUAGAGGGAAAUCUGCAUCUCAAAAUCGAUUGGGCUAGCUUAGAGUUGGAAGGAAAUUUAUGUCAGUAUGUAAUUUGCAGAAAGUUUUUACUGGAACUCACCUUGAGGACGUAGAUCUUUCUAAAACACAGCUGUGCAAGGACUUUGUCAAUAUGGACAGAGAAAAUCAAAGCCAAGAGUGAAGAGGAACUAUGCAAACACCAAUAAACUAUGACCCUUUCUGGCCGCAAUCAUUUGCGCACGUAAUAGUUCUUUGGCAAAUACAAAUAUUUAUAUGUUUCUGUACCAUUUUGGCUUUGUUUUAUAUUCGGAGGGGCAAUGUAAUGGGGUUUUUUUGCAUUACGAGUUUGGGGGGCUUGUAUUUGGAGGGGCUUUUUUUUCAGAAUUUUACGGUAUAUUCAGGUCAAAAUUUUUUAACCUAGCUUAAUGGGCCAUUUCCGAGUUCCCCUGCAGCCUCUGUAUUAAAACGAGGCUAAGUGCUCAGCCUUUGAUAUGGAAAUGAUUUUUCAUUCUCAUGCAAAUAAAACUCAUUUUCACAAGAAAGGUUGUGCACUUUGCCUCAUGUUGAAAGUGAGGGUUUUCGGAAUUCUGAAGCGGCUUAUUCUCAAUUUUCUUUGUCUCCUAGCCCUGAUGCUGGAAUAAUUAGGGCUAGGAGACAAAGCCAUUUACAUUUUGAUACUCAUGCUAACAAGUACAGAUGCUUGUAUUAAAUGCAAAAAAGGGUAGUUUAAGUCGUAAAAUUAUGUGGAUAUGGAGCUCAGUAUGGAAAAAAAAAAUUCAGUUAGGAUAAUGAUUAUUCUUGUACUAUAAUAUAUAGGUGACACUAAAGAUGAUUCCCAGGAUUGAUUACAGUAGAAGUAGAGGCCUAGCUAAGUCUGCUGAGGUACAUACAUGUAAUGCUUUUUUUUAUCUUAAAAUGAGUCAAUCAUUAAAUAAGACUACAGUAAACUCUCUCUAAAAUGGACUUGGGGACUCAAACUCAAGCUCAAUCAAAAGACUAGAGAACUGCAUGGGUCAUCUCUAGGUGUCCAUUUUAUGGAAGUCGCUUUCUUAUAAAGUCAUUUACUGUAUUCCUUUGAAUGUUUUGGAUACUUUUAGCUCCUGGCUGUUGCUGACAUUAGCUUGCAAAAUUGUUGGUUUAAAUGGUUUGUGAAUAGGCUGGACCAGAUUCAGCAAGCAAUAAAGUUGUAGUUUGUUAUUUCUGUUUUGAAUGCGUUUGAGGUUUCUACAGUGUUAUCAGGUGUAAUAUCAUUGAACAGAGUAUUGAUGAAAUGUGAUUUGUGGUUGGUAAAUUUGUAGGAUUCACUGGAGAAGAGGAAAAGGAAAAGGAAGCCGCCCCAAAAACUGUUUGAUGCUGAUGCCAUCAGGUACUAGAUCUUUUUUUCUGCCUUCACAUUGUUUUAGCUAGUGAAUUUGAAGUGAAAUAAAGUCAUUGUUAAGUGAGUUCCAUGGUGUCAUCAUGACAUUUUAGAGGCCUUUUUAGGGCAAAAUUCUGACAAGUUAGAUAUGGUUGAAUCAGCUACAUAGGAUUCCUCAAUAUACAAAACAACAGGUUUUUAAAUUCAGACUAGGGACAUACGCGACCCUGCUAAGAGGGCCUCAUUGUCGUAUUUCGAUCUCUUGCUGCAUUCAGUCCAUUCAACACAUGGACAUCCUUAACUUAAUUCUUAACUGCAUGUUCCAUAGCACCAAUGCAGCUGCAGCUUCUAAGGCUUGAAGUUGUUUUUGUAUGUGACGGCUCAUUCUGACCGAUGAUUUAUUGUUCUAAUACACAGAGCAAUUGGAGGAGAAAUAGGACAGGAUGGUGAUUUCAUGAUCUUUGAAGGCAGUCGUUAUCGAGGUGGCUUCAUGUACAAGACACUAGCCAUGUCUGCAAUAGUAAGCUUUUGUACUGGUUUGCCCUUAAUCUCUAACGGAGCCCAUGAUACUAUGAUGACUUCCCCUUGCUUUUUGGCAUCUUUUGCACUAAACCAUUAUGUCGGGCAUAGAAAAUUCACAGGUGUAGAGCUUUUGCAGUCACUAGGAUUUGUCUCAGAGCUAAACCUUGUCUUAUGAAAAGAUGAGCUCAAUCAGAUAGCUCUUAAAACAAAACAAAAAAAUUAGUUCAUUGAAAAAGGUUAGAAGGUUUCUGUACUACUGCUAAUUUGAAUGUUUUCCUUGAGUUUGAAUAUUUGGAAAUCGGCAGGUAUUCCCCGUUAGCCCUUAGCAGAAGCAUAUAUGCUUCUGCCUUUAGUGAAUGAUGAAGAGUUAAAAUUAAGGUGUACAGAACGAUGUUUUAUUUAGAAAAAAGAAGAGAGUUAUAGCUACAGUAGAUGUGUGGAACACAUUUUUACUUGACUCUUAAGAGUUUUCUACGAUUGUAAUACAAGUGUACUUCAUAUUUGUGUAUCAGGUUGUUGAAGGUAUUAAGCCAACUCUGCUGGAGCUUCAGAAAUUUGAGACAGCACCCGAGGAUGUUGAACUAGAAGGUAUUGAUUACCAUAGGUUGUUUUUUUGUCAUUGCAUUCCAAAUGAGAAAACCCUGAAAGUAGCCAUUAAUCUAUACCACUGGAAUUUUUAGCAUCAUGGAAUGGUAUUUAAACUUGAAAAUUGUACAGUUAUAAGUUAACCAAGGGUGCCAAUGAAGUGAUUUCUUGAGUUAAAAUUAUUCCAGAAUGUAUGAAUGUCUUCUUCUCUCUUACAUCGUGAGCAUAUGUGACAUAAAAAACGCACACCUUCAUUCACCUUUUUUUAGUUUUAAUGCAAUUCACUUGAAAAUUUGCAGCAAUAUAGAACACACCAUUCCUUAAAAUCGUAUGUUUCUUUUGGUUUUCAGAUUUUGGCAUUUUUGGCGGGUAAAUGAGGUCACAAAGUUCCCGCCAAAUUUUGUUUUUAGUAUUAUAGGAUAUCUAAUGAUGGUUUCUGAAAGAACUCACCACAAGGAUGUCAAAAGUGAAAUUUUUUUUUGAAAUUUGUCUAUCUACACAAAAGAAAUAGCGUUUUGAAAGUUCAAUUUUCAGCCAUUUUGUUACUAAAAAUAGUAAAAGAUGGCGGGAAAUUCAAGAGCAAGGCAAAUAGCUUGAUAGAGUGAUCCUAAAUCAUCUUGGCUGAAUUUCCACCUAAAUCGUUUUUUUAGUUCCAGUAAAAAGUUUGAAGGAGGGACUAGAUGAAGAAAGACACAAUUUUGCAACUGGAGAUGUUGUAGAAGUCGCAGAAGGAGAUCUGGCAAAUUUGAAAGGAACGGUGCUUAGUAUUGACGGAAACAAAAUCACCAUCAUGCCAAAACAUGAAGACUUAAAGGUUAGCUAAGUAUUCAUUGGUAAAUUGUUGUGUAAAUUAUUAUAUUAAUGUGUUUUUCUGGGUAUAUUUUUUAUUAAUUAAAUUUGUAUCUGAGGUUUAGAACCGUGACAGGAUAAGCUCAGUCGGUAGAGCGUUUGACUGCAGAGCGGGAGGUCGCGGGUUCGAUUCCCGGGGCCGGACCAUUACUCAGGGUCUUAAAAUGACUGAGAAAUGAAGGAACUUUCUUUGCACUGCAAGCGGCGAGACCUUCGCGUGGCUCGGAUGACCACGUAAAAUGGCGGUCCAGUCUCCAUUAGGAGACGUAAAAAUAGUGUCCCCAAUUGACACUUUCGUGCUAAAUACAUUGACACUCAAAUAAAAAAAAAGUGCAAGUGCAUCAGAGUAGUUGUUGACAGGAAUUAGUAAAACCAAGAGUUGACAAAACGUACCAGUGCAAAGAAGGCGACCUUGGCUGAGUAGACUACUUACAUGAAUAAACUGAAAUGAUACAUUCUGUCUUAUCAUUUAAGGAGCUUAAGUUGGAGUUUUGACAUUAUUUUCUGUUACAGGAUCCUUUAGAGUUUAUGGCAAAUGAGCUUCAGAAGCAUUUUAAGAUGGGCGAUCAUGUCAAGGUUAUUGGGGGUCGUUAUGAAGGUGACACAGGGCUGAUUGUUCGAGUUGAAGAUAACAUGGUGGUGCUGUUUGCAGAUUUAACCAUGCAUGAGGUAGGGAAAUAGUUCAAGCAAAUGUUUUCUUAUUUGUUUUUUUCUUUUUGGUUGCUCAAAACAGGCAUGAUUUACUAACGAUAAUUUGACUUAGCUUAAGGCUUGGUUAUUAGCAAGUGUUUAGGAAAUGACCUACCAACUGCCCACCUCUUAUUACAAAGGAAUUUUGGAUCCAAGUGAGCAGCAGAAAUCGAGCCAUUCUUUAUGUUCCCUAAAUUAAAGGAAAUAAGCUUUUUGUUCAAAUCUUCGUCCUUAAUGUUCUGUUAACUUGCUUGGGAGCCAUGAUGUCCAUUUAGGAACCAUUAUGCCGGGUUAGUUAUUCAUGUCGGUUAUGUGCACAUGGUAAAAGUUCCUGCCCUACAUGUACAUGUAUUUCAACUUCAGUUUUAGUUGGACAGUUAUUCCAGGUGUAUCAUUUCUUCUGAUGACUCUGCACAGUUGAUAGAAAAACAUGAUAAUAACUUUUACCUUACUGUGUUGCAGCUCAAGGUUUUGCCCAAAGAUCUUCAGUUAUGUACAGAAAGGAGCAGUGGAGUGGAUUCCAUGGGACAACAUCAGUGGGGGGAUAUGGUGCAGCUAGAGUAAGCUAAUACCUACUGCCACUCUUUUGUUGUUGAAUUUCAUGCCUAUCUGUUCCAGGCUCCUUGUAAACUUUGCAUGUAAUAAUUUCGCCGGGGUCUCAGCAUUUGUAAUUCACAGAUUUACGGGUCUAGCCAUAAAGAGAGUAUAACUGGAGAAAUGUGUCAAGUCUUUGCUUGUUUGUUAUUUCCAGUCCACAGACUGUUGGAGUUAUCAUUCGUUUGGACAGAGACAUGUUUUCAGUAUUGAAUCAACAUGGAAAGGUAAGUUCUGAAUCGCCUUGAUACUGCCUAAGUGCACUAUUAUCAAAAAAAGUACCCCAGAAUACUCUCAGCAUGAAAGCUGCUGCCUUCUGCUCUCACGAGCUUAUUGUUUACCAUCAAUUAAUCCAGUACGAAAAUCUGAUCUAAAAGUUGCCGAUCAACUGAUUUUGAAUGAAAGGAUGGAAAUUUUUAACACAGAUCUCUGCAGAACCGCCAUUGAGUAACCAUCAUGGGUUGGACUCAGGCUUUUCAAAGAGACAUGACGAAUGUAACUUCCAUCUUUUUCUAGCCUGCAAACAGGCUUCUGAGGGAACUUCGUUCUGAGGGAAGGGGAGACACUUGUGAAAUCUCCCCCUUCUGCCCCCGUCCUUGUUUUCAUGUUCUUUCUUAACUUAUCUUUACGCUAUCUCCCAGUAGACAGCCUGUUCACAGGCCAUAUCUUCUCAUUAUCUAUCACCAAAAUCAUUUUGUUUAGCAAAGUAACAAAAACUUAACAGAAUGUAAAAUGACUCCUCCCUAACGUUCUUGCUGGGAGAUCAAACAAGAGGGCCGUACUCUCUGUACUCUCAUCCCUAAGGCCUUGUCAGUAUGGUCUGAGUGAAGAUAUCUUGUAGGUAAAAUCUGUUCUCAUUUAACUAGAAUUUCCUUUGUCUCCUUUGAAGAAUUAGUAGCCUGCGAAAACAUCCGUUUCUCCUCGCUCUUCGCCGCUGGGGACGUUUCGCGCGGAGAAAUACUGGCUGUUUUGUUCGAGAUUCUUCGCGUUUACAUUUGACCUUUGUGGCCUUUUGUCUUUUGUCUGUCAUUCGUAAACAAUGGCUAAAACAAUGUAACUACUCCGUCGACCAAUCAGGGCUUCUGACCGGAGUCUGGACAGAUUUUACAUCUUCAGUAUGGAAUUUCUGUCGCUGAGUCGCAGACGGUCCUCCGCGCUAAACGUCCCCAGCGGCGAAGAGCAAGGAGAAACGGAUGUUUUCGUAGGCUAAAUAAUUAGGGUUAGAAAAUACCAGGGAAUUUUCAAUCAAAGUACGUCUGUAGCUUGAUGAAUGGUGGUUUAAAAAGCGGACGGCUUUUACUUAAUACACAUAUUCUUCCUUACUUCAUUGAAAAUGUGAAAAUUUCAAUCACCUCCUGAGACAUGUGAUCUGCAUCAGACGUUAGUUUGGAUUCGUUUGUCAUCCUAGUCAUCAUCCAAAGGCUCAGGGAUAUUAACUGCUCCUAUGGUCAAUAACCCAAGUGCUGUACUCUACAGGAUCAGUUCUGGCGGCCGAGCGCUUGACUGUAGAGCGGGAGGUUGUGGGUUCAUUCCCUGGGGCUAGACUAGAUCGUUCUCUCUUGGGCUAGAUCAAUAAUCAGGGUCUUGAAAAUAGCUGAGAAAUGAAGUUACUGCUUUUGCUUUGUAAAAGGCUGGACCUUCGCGUGGCUCUGAUGACCACGUAAAGUGGCGGUCCUAUCUCCUUUUGUUAGCCAGCGUAAAGAAGUCUCUUAUUUUCUUUGGGCAGCAAAGGAAAUAAGAAACAUCUGCUCGCAGGCUACCAGAAGGAGACAUAAAAAAACAUUCCCUUAAUUAUUAAUUAGUACUUUCGUGCUAAAUACAUUGGCCCUCAAAUAAAUUGCGUGCCUUUUUAGGUCAUUCAAGUCAAACACCAAGCUGUAGGAAGAAGACGAGAGAACAAAAAUGCUGUAGCGUUGGAUUCAGAGCAGGUUACAAAUCUUUUUUUUAACACUUCCACAGCGAUAGAGCUGGCGGUUUGGAGUGAAAUAGCCUGCGAGAGCGUCCGGUUUUUUCGGCUUUGGUUUCACCAGGGAGAGAAGCGACGACCGGAAAUACGUCUGCGGUUCGCAGGCUAGGAAUGAAAUAGCUGACAAAAAUACCAUCUUCCACUAUUUUUUAACCCUGCGCCUUUGUAGGACCCGUGUCAAAUGCACGUGUAGAAGACCUUACCAACCGCUGGUGUAUCAUCAGCUUCCAAGGAUCAUGUUUUUAAAUCAUUUAUCUCAUAACUGGUUUUGGUAGCUUCUUUUGAAUCAUUCACUUUACAGAACUUAUAAGUUGAUUUGCUUAUCAUUCAUGGUUUUUUUCCUUUUAGAACUCUGUGCAAGUGAGGGACAUCGUGAAAGUCAUAGAAGGACCACAUGCUGUAUGUACAGUACACUGAUGUUACCAUUACUAUUCUUCAACUGACCUUAAAUUUUACCAACAGUCCUGAAACAACCCUAGCUGUGGAAAGUUAUGGUUUUUGAAUUGCAGGGUUAUCAGGGCUUUCCUACCCGGUCUUAUAUACUUACCUAAAACAUGACGAUGCUGUUCCAUUGUCCCGUUCUUACACUUGUCUUGCGUGUUCUACUUGUAGGGUUUGCAAGGUGAAAUCAAGCACCUUUAUCGCAGUUUUGCGUUCUUAUCUUCCAAGAUGGUGAUCGAGAACGGCGGAAUGCUUGUGUGUAAGACAAAGCAGCUGGUACUGGCCGGGGGAGGCAAGGUAAAUAUGAAAGCAAAAUGGUUUUCGUUUUAUUUGAUAUUUCCAGGAAAAUAUUAUUCUGCUGGGACGCAAGUGUUCGAAACGCAGUCAGAAUCACUCCUGAAUUUUUAGGCUUUCUUUUCAGCAGUAUAAAAGGGUAUAUUCACCGUAAAGAUCACAACCAUGAGUCGUUUAAUUCUUGUGGACCUUACAUGUAUACGUUAUUGGCGGCACGUAUUCAUGUUCAAAUAAAACAAGAUUUCUGUUGCAUGAGCUUUUAAGCUGUUUUAUCUUAGGUACUACUUGGUGCUCGAGUACCACUGGCUGGGUACCAGCCCAAAUGGUGUUGUGUUAACACCUUGGGGUACCCGACAUUGAACUGCAGUGUACAUGUUUGCUCUAUUUCGCCUUGACGGCCGCCAUUUUCAUACGUGAGUGUAGCAGGAAGUUUUGUGUAUGGAAAGCAGUAGAGUGGGCUUCGGAACUAACAGGCAAAGUGUGGACCCAAUGACCCGGUGCCUACUUUUGUGCCCGAGUUCAAGGUCUCGACCUUGCUGACCUUGUACUUGGGCGCCGCCACCUUGUCCGAAUUCUUUCGAAGGUACUUAGUAAGUAACGUACUCACUCAGGCACGUUGCCCAAGCUUUAAUUGUGAACGCUGCCUUAAUCAACAAAGGGUCGGUUAUUUAAACGAAGUUUAACUUAGACCUCGGUUUAGGAAAUCUGUGGACCUCCAGCUCUCUUCUUUAGUGAGUUAUUUUAAGAAGACAGAUGCUUUUCUAUUCUACGCCAUAUGCUUUCAUGAAACUGUUCACGAUAAAUGGUGUUGACGUAAACGCGAUCGGCAAAGUAAAAAUGGCUUAGAGCAAAGUUUUGUGAAACAGUGGCUAAACUCUGUUUAAAUAACUUGCUCAAAGAGUUUGCUUGUUAUGCGUGCUCCGAAACGACACCUAAUAUUCUUCUACUUGUCGUUUCUUUGUUAGGCGAUAUCAAAUACUUUAGGCAUCAGUGGGUUUGCGCCAGCAUCGCCACGAAUAACAAGUCCUGCUAGAGAAGGAGGUGAGCUUUGGUUACAGAAGAACGACGUGCUGUCCAAGAAGACUACUAGUUUCAGUCAAGUGUCAAACCGUUAUCUCCCGCUAGCUGCAAUAAAAUUUAACCCUUAUUAUUCCAAUUCAUUAAUCCAAUGCAGAAUCAGUACGUUUUUAAAUGAAUGUAAUACACAUCUUACUAGAUUCCCUGCAUGCUAUAUAUCGGCUCCCAUCGGUUCGGUGCACGCCUUUGGGACUAUGAUACUAGAAGAUUUUUCAUCCAAGAGAGAUAAAAUGUGGUAUUUUCAUGUGGCCCGCGGGACCAUGGCUAGGUAUCUGUCCAUGAAGAAGAGGUUCAACAAACCGCUCCGUCAGAUAUAAUAUUGAGCCUUGUUGCUCCAGGCUAGCCUACGUGGCAGGGGGCGGGCUCUCUUUUACCUCUUUCUCCUAAUCCCCUUCCCCUACCCCUUUGGACGCGGGUUACUCCAGGCUUAAUUAGUGAUCGUAAACAAGGCGUUCGCUAGUUGUCAUGGUAACUAACUAUUCAAGCGACUCUUCUCUUUAUAGUAACAUACUAAGGGAGAAAUUUCGAGGACACGCGCGCUAACGAGGGGAGAAAAAAGGGAGAGGAGGCCCUCCCCCUCGCCUGUUCCCCUCAUACGCUAUAUAAAAACCAGCAAAACAAAAAAAAAAUUAAAACCUGCCAUGCAGACUAAGUAAAAUGCCAUCUCUUACUCACUAAAAUCCUCUUUGUAACAGCUGGUGGCGGCGCUGGUGGCCGAGGUGCCCCGAGAGGAGGAAUGGGUCGAGGACGGGGUCGUGGCCGUGGCGGUCGUGAUAUGUCACUGAUUUCACAGACUGUGCGUAUCUCACAGGGACCUUAUAAAGGUAACUUACUACUCAAACNAAUACACAUCUUACUAGAUUCCCUGCAUGCUAUAUAUCGGCUCCCAUCGGUUCGGUGCACGCCUUUGGGACCAUGAUACUAGAAGAUUUUUCAUCCAAGAGAGAUAAAAUGUGGUAUUUUCAUGUGGCCCGCGGGACCAUGGCUAGGUAUCUGUCCAUGAAGAAGAGGUUCAACAAACCGCUCCGUCAGAUAUAAUAUUGAGCCUUGUUGCUCCAGGCUAGCCUACGUGGCAGGGGGCGGGCUCUCUUUUACCUCUUUCUCCUAAUCCCCUUCCCCUACCCCUUUGGACGCGGGUUACUCCAGGCUUAAUUAGUGAUCGUAAACAAGGCGUUCGCUAGUUGUCAUGGUAACUAACUAUUCAAGCGACUCUUCUCUUUAUAGUAACAUACUAAGGGAGAAAUUUCGAGGACACGCGCGCUAACGAGGGGAGAAAAAAGGGAGAGGAGGCCCUCCCCCUCGCCUGUUCCCCUCAUACGCUAUAUAAAAACCAGCAAAACAAAAAAAAAAUUAAAACCUGCCAUGCAGACUAAGUAAAAUGCCAUCUCUUACUCACUAAAAUCCUCUUUGUAACAGCUGGUGGCGGCGCUGGUGGCCGAGGUGCCCCGAGAGGAGGAAUGGGUCGAGGACGGGGUCGUGGCCGUGGCGGUCGUGAUAUGUCACUGAUUUCACAGACUGUGCGUAUCUCACAGGGACCUUAUAAAGGUAACUUACUACUCAAACGUGUCCGAAAGACGUCCAAGCCGCAAAAUGCAUUUUACACCCACUGAUAUUUUAUUCAGCUCUGUCGAAAUAGCUGUUAAGGCAAUGUUUCCUUUAAAAGACUUCGAAUGAAUAGAAGGUGAAAUUACUGAUUUCUAGUCUAUUAACCGUCAUUCGAAGAAGUGAACAAAGGACUCAUGGGGGACAAGUCGCAUAAUUCUUAAAGCCGGAUAUAACACUAACGUCUGGCUUUUAUAAUCCCAGUCAAACUUUUUAGUCUUUCGUCAGACCUUAGCAAAUUAUGCAGGUUGACAUUAGAUUUUAGGUAACGGAUCCCUACCCACCGCACCUUUCUGCAAUCUUGUAAAAUGAAUAGACGUAGUUGUUCUCUAGUUUUGGCUUUAAUGAGAGAAAACGUCCACUUGUACCAGACAUUUACUUUCCGAAAGUGAAAGUUAUAACUUGUUUGAUAGUUACGAGAGUGCUCUCCUCCUUUUGUUGAAUCCUGUAUUCAUAUCUAAGAACUGAACAUUACUUAUACAAAAGCAGUUUCUGAAAUAGAUGCCUCCUUAAUUGUUUUGUUCGUUUUUUAAUUAUGAUCCUUUAACUUAGAUUUAAGUGAUUCACUUAGGAUGUAUUAUUUCAUGAAGUGUUGCUAUCUAAUACGUUGUGUUGUCAUGUAAUUUAAUAAUAGUAAUAAUAAUCAUAAUUCCUCUAUUUAGCCUCGGCAGUAUUUAUAGCACUAAUGCUAGUGGGGCCGAGCAAAUGCCUGAAACCAAUAUUUCAAAUUGAACUUAACAGGGUUAAGAAUCCCAACUGGCCGGAGGCAAAUUAGCUUGCUGUUUACAAGUGUGGUCGAGGAUUUGAACUUGGGACUACCGUGAACCAAUCCAGCCAGCGGUUAGAGCGGCAUUUGAACUCGGGGCCUCCGAAUUACAAGUCCAGUGCUCUAACCACUCGGCCACGCUGCCUCCUAUAUGUUUUGUUUUAUGGCUUUGUUUCGCUGCUUUGCAUUGCAUUUGACAGAAAACCCAACUUAACCAACAUACUGUUCUCCCUUUCUUUCAGGAUAUGUUGGUAUAGUCAAAGAUGCCACAGAAACUACUGCUCGUGUUGAACUUCACAGUAGCUGUAAAACAAUCUCCGUGGACAGAAUGAGGCUUGCUAUUGUUGGGUAAACUCUUAUAAUAGCUUUUUCUAAACGACAUAGAAUCCUUUUCUCUUAAAACUAAACCAGUUACUUCGGCUUAUUACCACCGGCUUACAUAAAAUAAUCAGAGAAAGAAAUAAAUACUUGAAAACUGCAUCUAAAACGGGAAAUGGAGAGAAAUUGUGUGGAAGCGACUCUGAAUUUUGUUUUGGUUGCGACCGAUCUUGUAGCGUGUUGCGAACAGAUCGUGGAAAAGGCGGCAGAACAGCGGAACCGCUUUCUUUUUUCUCUUCUUCCCCUAAACAUGUGAGUCAUAGACGUCUGUCUUGCCUCAUACUGUGUUUAAGUAGUACUGUACUGUAUCCUUACAUUGCUGUGUUAUUCCUCAGGGGUCCAUCUAGUCGCGGCAGUUCUGUUUAUACCAAGACUCCCAUGUAUGGUUCUCAGACGCCCAUGUAUGGCUCCCAGACCCCUAUGCACGGUUCACGAACGCCCAUGUAUGGCUCCCAGACGCCAACUCACGGCGAUGGUAAGACAGCGCAUUGAAUUAUAUACUUAUAUCUUUGUGAAAUCUUCCUUAGCAACUUUGUUCUUUUGGCAUGUAGCAGGUAGCAAUAUUGUUCCUUAUCCUACCAGGAUCCCUGACCUUAUUUUGAACGCUCUAAUUUGGUUCUUGCUACGUUUACCAAAGCAAUCGUCUACUCCUCAUUUAUACUAACCUUAGCUAGAAAUUCUUAUCUUCGUAAACUUACUCAACUCGGUUUCCUUGUUUUGCAGGAAGUCGUACCCCUCAUUAUGGCUCAAUGACGCCGUCCCACGAUCCUUCACGCACCCCACUUCACGGAGGAGCCUGGGAUCCAACUCAGCCAAAUACACCAGCACGCAAUGAAGAUUUUGAUUACAACUUUGAUACGUCCACCCCCUCACCAGGGGUAAGUUUUGUUUCUGAUGCAGGUUAAUACACACUCGCUUGGAAAUACACACUACUAUAUGGUUGAUCGUCAAUUCUUUCGAUCCAUAUUCACUUAAACCUCACGUAAGCGACCACCCAAAAUGCAAAGAGUUAGUGUUCGUUCGCUCGAGGGAGGUGGUCGCUUACCGCUAAGAGUCAAACUGCAGGAGGAGAAGUCCGGAUACAUCUAGUUUUUGGAGAGAAUGUAUUACAUGCAAUUUUUAGGUUACAAUAUAUGUAAAUCCUUGUUGUUUCUAAAAGUUGUUCUGAUACAAUCAUACGUUCAUACUCUCUGCUACUUCAUACAGCGAACAGAAGGAUCAGACCAUUGUAUCAGGUGGUCGCUUAGAGGAGGAUUAAUACAAUGGAAAAUUCUUAAACCGGUCGCUUUCGAGAGGAUGUCGUUUAAGAAAGGUUCCGACCAUAAGGCUUUGAUGGGGAAAAUGUUAGUGUUUUGGAUAAGUGAUCGCUUACGAGAGGUGGUCGCACAUGAAGGUUCAACUAUAUUACACUCAAAUUAUAAUUUGGGUCGACAGACGCACGACUUCAAUUCAGACGUCGUGCUUUUGCCGUGCUUGUGACGCUUUGAAGUUCCGCACUGCAGAAGCACGACGUGUUAACUGGCCUUAAGGUUCUUGAUUUAAGUCUCGAACUCGAGAGGUAACACAGCGUUGGAAGUUGCUGUGGACAACCAUAAUCGUUCUCGGGAGACUUUAUACGUUCAAUUCCCUGUCCUUGUCAUUGCAAGUAGAAGUGCCUUCUGAGAAGCACUCGUCUUUGCCGACUGUUGACGCAAGGACUCUUAUCUCUCUUAUGUUGAUAUUAUAUGAACAGUAAACGGUUUUUAGCGACCAACUCCAUAAGUAAUAGUUUUACGUAAUCAACUGGCUGAAUUAUACUUGAAAUCGUUUUACUCUUUCUUCUUUAGGUUUAUGGAACACCGAACCCAGCCACUCCCGGGGGAUACGGAGGACCGUACACUCCCAAUACCCCAGGGGGAGGCAUGUACGGCUCAGAACCAAGUUAUUCUCCUUACACUCAGUCCCCAUCUCCCGCUGGAUACGGUAACCCAAUGACCCCCGGUAGUAUAGCCCCGGUAUCCCCGGCAUUUAACCCGCUUACCCCAGGGACAGGUAUGGAGGAGACACACGCUGGAGGAGACUGGGUCACCACAGACAUAGAAGUGCGAAUCAACGAAAAUCACGAGGUAAGCUUAGUUAUUUUAACUAUAUAAGCACAGGUAACCCAGGCUCUGGGCCACCUGUGUCUGAGUCAUAGUUUCACGCAUGUUGAUAACUUGACGAACGUCAGUAGACUUUACUUCGAGGUACGCUACGUUUAUUCAGAUGGCGCCGAGUAUAUCCCACAAAUAGUGCAUCACACAGGUUACAUUGAAACUUAUAAACAACACAUUGUUGAUGGUCACAAGCAGAAAUCAUUUGCCGCCGUUUACAAACACUUUGUAAAAUUAAUGAACACAAUGCCACAACACCAACAUGCCUUCUGAAGCAGUUCCACGUGCUUGACAAAAUUCGACGGCCUCAUUAAAGAGAUACUUUUUAUUCGCAAGUUUAAAACAUCCCUUAACGUGCAAACUGACUUUGCCUGUCCUAAUGUGUUUGUGUAAAGAAUGUCCUUUUGACCCCUUUUUCUAGUAUGCUAAUUAUUUGAGACUCGAAACUCGUUAAAAUACACUUGCAUAAUUUGUUACUUAGAUAGUCUUGAUAAUGGCGUUACGAUAACGCCGAAACGUCGAAUUUUUUACGCUGUUAUUUAUUUGUUUCUGUUUCACUAAAUCACUGUUUAUCAGAAUUUUAUUUAUAGAGGAUAUUACCUGCCCGUGCGUGGAUACGAAUUUUAUCUUCGAGUGUUCAACUCGAGUGAGAUAUAGAGUUGAACACGAGAAGAUAAAAUUCGUAUCCACAAGCAGGCAUGUAAUAUUCUGUUCAUUAUAUAGACACCGAGGGCGAGAUGCUGUGGUGGUCUUUUCCUAUUGGCUGAGACUGAAGUAGCCAUGACAACCGCGAUAUCUUCACAUGUGAUGGAUAAAACUUGUAUCUUCACUGGAUACCAAAUUUUCGUCACUGGAAAAAUUUUGGUAUUUCAUCGGUGUCUCUAAUAUAAUAAAUUCAUUUAUUUCUUAUUGCCGCCUUAAAAAAUCUCGAAAGAAGUUUUUCGAAGUUCAUUCUAUCACUUGUUUAAUCUUAAUGAUCACGUGUAUUCCACGUGGUUUGUUUCCAGGAUCCUAAGCUAAUGGACAAGAAAGGUGUAGUGCGCACUGUCACUGGAGGAACCUGCACAGUCUAUUUAUACGACGAAAAGCGUGACGUCAGUGUCUCUAUUCACAACGUGGAUCCUGGUGAACCAAUUAAACAGGAUAAGGUAACCUGUACAUCUUGUUUGACUAGUUAUCUCCAGUUAACGUUAUUAGUUCCUCCGUCAAUCAGUGGUGACAGCUCCACCCUUAUAGCAGAGCCUUUCUUUCGCUUCCUCAAAUUUGGCUUACUUGAGCAAGACUCUGCAUGAAUCGAGUAAGAUCUUUUUUGAGCAUGCGCUGCAUGUUGCUAGGAGACAGUUUUGAACCCAGGCCUAAUAACCAUGCUCUUGGUACAACAGGCUCAGUAAUGACCAUCGGUUUAUCAAUAAAUGGAUGCUCGCACUCGAAAAAACUGGUUUGACCGGGAAAACAAGAUUGAAUAGUCCAGAAUUCCGGGCUGCGGCGACGUCAAAGGAUUGACGUGAUUCAGGCAGAGCCUCCUUUUCUCCUCCUCAAUCAAGAAGAAGACAAAAGGAUGCUAUGCUCGCAUGGUGUGACCGCAGCCCCCAAAUAGUAUUUUAGGCUUGAGCCAUAGGUUCGUUUCCUUUUGAGGGACUCCGCGUGGCGUGCGGAAUAAAACAUCUUUUCCGUCGUAAUUUUUCCUAGUAAUCGCGGUUCCAUUUUCUUAGCUUGAGUCCAGUUCAGACAGUGACACUUGCGUUCUGUUUUGCAGGUCAAAGUGAUUUUAGGAGACGACCGCGAGCGCACAGGGACCCUUAUCAACAUCGACGAUCCUGAUGGAAUUAUUAAAAUGGAUCAAACGGACCAACUCAAGAUUCUACCGCUAAAAUAUCUCGCUAAAAUGGGGCCCACGAAUAUUUAGAUUCUCUUUAGCAAUUGUCCUUUUGUUCUGGUCAUUCAAAACGAUUAAUGGCGAACUUUGCACCAGUUAAGUAACGCUUUAAAGGCGUAACGAUAGACAGAAAACAUUGACAGCGUUUCUUUACAGCAAAGAGGCUUCGUAACAGCUGUCUAGUUUCACACCUAACUAGAGUAUCACAGGAAACCGAUUACGAUUAUGCUUUUUAAAAAUGGUCACAAGGAAUCCAGGAAACGUUUUGUGAAGCUUUCAGGCUGAUUUGAAGAAUGUUCGGUUCUUUUAGUUUAAAGUUGUUUAAAAUUAGCAAUAAAAUAUGUCAUUGUAGUCGAGAAAAGUGUAACAAUGCAUCUUCCUUCAGCUAUCGCGCAAGCUUGUG